AUGUUUCCAAGUAACAGCUCUUCGUCUUCUUCUAACAUGUCAUUGCAGAAUUCAGAAGGCUAUCAAUGGAUGCCAAUUUCAGACGACGAGGUUCGGUUAGCUGCGAGUACCCCGAAGAAACGUGCAGGGAGGAAGAAGUUCAAGGAGACUCGCCAUCCGGUGUAUAGGGGUGUGAGGAGAAGAAACAAUAAUAAAUGGGUGUGUGAAAUGAGAGAGCCUAACAAGAAGACUAAGAUUUGGUUAGGCACUUUUCCAACGGUCGAGAUGGCUGCCCGAGCACACGAUGUUGCUGCAAUGGCAUUAAGGGGCCGCUACGCCUGUCUCAAUUUUGCAGACUCAACGUGGCGGCUCCCUAAACCAGUUAGUUCUGAGGCAAAAGAUAUACAAAAGGCCGCUGCAGAAGCCGCCGAGGCUUUCAGACCGGAUCAAACUUUAGGGACUAAUGAUGUUGAGCAGACUUUAAUGGUUAAUGACAUUGACACGGAAGUUGUUGCUGCCACCCCAGAAGAACAAAAUAUGUUUUCUAUGGAAGUGGAAAAAGAGGGAGUAGAACAGAAUUUGUUUUCUGUGGAAGUGGAAGAAGAGAGAGUAGAACAGAAUAUGUUUUCUAUGGAAGUGGAAGAGGAGGGAAUGAUGAACACGCCAGAAAUGUGGAGGAAUAUGGCACUAAUGUCUCCAACACAUAAUUUUGGGUAUCAUGAUGAAUAUCAAUAUAUUGAUGUACAAGACUAUCAAGAUCAAGAGGUAUCACUAUGGAGCUUUUAG